AUGCGCACUUCCCGGAGCAGUGUUGCGCAGCAGCCAGCCAUUCAAGCCUUCACUCGGGCAACCAAGGCUGGCAUCCCGCAGCUGCCCAAGAACCCAGUCGCCAAGUCGCUUCCUGUCUCGCCCUCCAAAAAGCGAAAGCUGCAGGAACUCGAGAAUUUUGAUAAUGGAAACAGCAACGCCAGUCCAACCAAGCCAAUCGAGGAGGAAGGCACCCCGUCGAAAACUUUGCGUCUCAAUGAAUUGUCCGUCAACUCACCACGCAGUGGUCACUAUGCUUCGCCAAAGAGAACCCCCAGCCGACGGGGCCGUGCCCCUCAAACUGUGCCCUCGACCCCAGCAACACCCUCGAAGCAAAGAACCUUGAACUUCGAGAAAAUCCCAGUCCUCGAGGAAACACCCGUGAUCGAACGGCCCGCAUUCUUCAACGACAUCCUCAACCUCCACUCAUCAUUCGUGCAAGCCUUCUCAAUUCACAUGGCUCACAACGGCCCAAACACGCCAGCCGAUCUCCGCGAAUUCCUCGGCAGUGUCACUCGUCUCUGGAACAAACGCAAGGUGCAAACGAAGGAUCUGCAACGUAUCCUAUGGGUGUGGGAGCAAUGCACCCUCGUCUCCAGCAUCUCAUACCGCAUGGCAAACUACGGUCUCGGCAAGAUCUGCAUCGAAAGAACCGUCCACAUCAGCGUCCAACCACCCGCCAUGCAAGACUCUUUCGAAGAAGCCCUCGAACUCCUCUGGGAAAAGGCCCCCGAAUCCCUCCGCUCCUCAACCGAGGAGGAACAAUCAAGACUCUUCACUGAGUCCUUUGGCCUCGCGACAAUCCACGAGUCCCUUGCCCCGCUCGCAACGUUCCGGAAGGGUCAGCAGCGUCUCCAGGAUUUGAAGGGUGGUCUGGUGCGUCUGAACGCCGAGAGAGUCCAGGCCGAGAAGGCGGAGACAACACCCCUCCAGCGCAAAGCGACAGUUAGUCGUGGUCAGGGACUUCUCGAGCGUAUUAAGAGCAAGCAGCUUCGUCAGUCUAAGCUUCCUCCUCCACCUACGAAGACGGAGCUUGUGCGUCUCUCUGCUGCUGAUCGCGUUGAGGAAGUUGCUGGUAUUCUGGCUAUGCUGCGUCCCACGGGAACUGUUGGUCAUGGUAUUCGGGCCAUGCUUGCUAUCCAACGGAAGCCUUUCAAGCUUGAUGUCAUGAUUCAGCAUGUUCGCGACUCCAUCCGCAGCGAGAUUGGUUCAGAUGAGGUCGUGAAGUGUUUGGAGAUUCUGUCUGAUUCCAAGAUUGCGGGCAGCUGGGUUAACAUCGUCACUAUUGGGUCGAUGAAGUCUGUGGUGCUUAAGUCUUGUCGGGAUGUCUGUGUCAAGGACAUUGGUGCGAAGGUUGCCCAGCUCAAGACGGAAUGGGCCACCUCUGCCGUUGUCACUACUGUUUGA